AGGAAUCUUCAAACUCAACAUGCUCAUCCCUUGUUUUCCCCAAACCAGAAUCUCCCAUUGCCAACCCCAAGGAAGCUUUGAGGAAGAGGAAGAUGCCCCGGGACACUGAGGCAGAGCAGGAGCUGAGCAUGGCGAGCAGGGAGGACAAAUGCCCGCGGCAGAACCUGGUGGAAGAGGCCAUUUUGAGCGGCUCCACGGUGCAGGAAGCCAAGGGGAGAUGCCGCACGAGGAGAGGCUGCAAACGCAGCUGGUGGGGAUCUGAGGGGGAAAGAGCCAGCCAGGGCCAGGAAGGUGGAUGGAAAUGGAGCCAGAGCUCGGAGCUGGUGCUCCAUGAGCAGCUCCAUGAUGGGGAGAAGCCCCACACGUACUUGGAGUGUGGGAAGAGCUUCAGGUGGAGCUCCAGACUGAUCAUGCACCAGAGGAUCCACACUGGGGAGAAGCCCUAUGAGUGUGGGGAGUGUGGGAACAGCUUCAGCCGGAGCUCCCACCUGAUCGUGCAUCAGAGGAUCCACACGGGGGAGAGACCCUACAAAUGCGACGAGUGUGGGAAGAGCUUCAGCCAUAACUUCAGCCUAAUCAACCACCUCAUGAUCCACACUGGGGAACGGCACUAUGAGUGUGGGCUGUGUGGACAGAGCUUCAGCUUGAGGUCCAACCUGAUCAAGCACCAGAUGAUCCACACAGGUGAGAGGCCCUACGAGUGUUCUGAGUGUGGGAAGAGGAAGGGAUUCCAGCGCAACUCCCACCUCAUCAGACACCAGCACAUCCACACUGGGGAGAGGUCCUACGAGUGUUAUCAAUGCAGGAAGAGGUUUCAGACCAGCUCCCAUCUCCUCCGGCACUAUCAGAUUCACUCAGAGGAGAGGCCCUUCCAAUGCCCAGACUGUGGGAAGGGAUUCAAGCACAACUCCCACCUCGUCACCCACCGGCGCAUCCACACUGGGGAGAGGCCCUACAAGUGUCCCCAGUGUGGGAAGAGCUUCUCCAGCAGCUCUACCUUGACCCGACACCAACAGAGACACCGGUAAGGGAA